CUGACCACAGUGACUUCCCGUUCCCCCCGGCCCCCGAAGUCAGGGGGGGAAAUGGCCGUCCCUGGCCUGAUGCCUGGCUCUGGGGCCAGAGUGAGGCCCAUUGUUUGAGGCUGGAGCUGGGAGGGGGGGGCCGGGGCCCAGGGGCCUCCAGGAAGCCCCCAGAAGUGCCCUCUGUCCCACUUCCCACAGAUCCAGCGCCUGAGCAAGGAGACAAGCACACAGCCCCGGCAACCCCGGCAGAAUGAAGAUGCCCACGGCCGUCCUCCUGGCCCUGCUGCUGUGCCAGCAGCCAGGCAGAGGGCAGGUGCAGGGCGAGGAGGAGGAGGACGACGACGCGGACAUUGGGCUGGAUGGCUAUGACGAUGACGAUGAGGAAGAGGAGGAGGAGGCCAGUGUGACUGCAGGUGGCAGGGGCAGAGCCGUGCUGCAGUGUUACUCCUGCCAGGCCCUGCACAGGGGGGAGAGUUGUGACCAGAUUCAGAACUGCGUCCACAGCCACAGCUUCUGCAAAGCCAUCGUCUCCCACGGGAACACCGGGUCGGGCCCUCUGACCACCUACUCGGCGUGGUGCACAGACGCGUGUCAGCCCUUCGCCAAGACAGUGGAGGGGACCCUGAUGACCAUGACCUGCUGCCAGUCCACACUCUGCAACCUCCCACCCUGGCAGGACCCACUGGGCAGGGGGGCAGGGAGCCCCCAGGGCAGCCCCACUCUGGUGGCCACUGUCCUCCUCAGCCUCCUCCCGGGCCUUCAGGCCGUGGGGUCCUGAAUGGGUGGUCCCACCCCGACCCCAGCCGGGCUCACACCCUGGAUGGCCAGCACUCACUCCAGUGCCUUACCCACCUGCCCGUCCCCCACCCCCCGGCUUUGGAGAAUAAACAUGGAGCGACUUCAGGGGUACGGCCAGCACUGGCUCCUCCCUCCCCCGCGUGUCCCCGCGUGUCCCCGCGUGUCCGAUCUGUCUAGCAUCUGCGGCCUCUCUCCCCACUGCCUGUGCCAGGACGUGGGCCUCAGGUCCAGGUCUCAGCUGCUCAGAGGGUGGGUCCACACAGCCU